AUGAAGUUACCGUUACCCUUGCUGUCAAGGGGACCCCAAACCGGAGGCCAAAUUCACGGGUUUGUAGUUUCUUCUGGGUUUGCUUCGUAUACUAUGAUUUCAAAUUCUUUGAUGAGUAUGUACACCAAAGCUGGACAGUUUGAUGGUCCCUUACUUAUCUUUGAGACUAUGUGCUAUACUGAUUUAGUUUCUUGGAAUACUAUUCUUUCGGGGUUUCGAACAAGUGAAGGUGCAUUGAAUUUUGCUCAUAGGAUGAAUUUUAAUGGAGUUGUUUAUUAUCUAGUGACCUAUACUACGAUUCUUGCUUUUUGUGCGGAUCAUGAAGAUUUUCUAUUUGGAUUACAACUGCAUUCUCUUAUAUUUAAGUCUGGUUUAGAUGGUGACAUUUUUGUUGGAAAUGCACUUAUAAGUAUGUAUUCGAGGUUGAGGUGGUUAAUAGAAGCUAGGAGUGUGUUUGAUGAAAUGGCAAAUGAGGAUCUGAUUUCAUGGAAUGCAAUACUAUCAGGUUACUCUCAAGAGGGAAAUCAUGGCCUUGUGGCGAUUUUUGUCUUUAUUGAGAUGGUGGCAGAAGGGAUGGGACGAAGAAGAUGCAUCUCUCUAUUUAAUGAGAUGAGAUUGGAUGGAGUAUAUCCAAAUGAUGUUACAUUUGUUGGACUAAUCCAUGCUAUAUCAAUUAGGAAGUUGGUGGAGGAAGGCGAAAUGAUUCAUGGGUUUUGCAUAAAGACUGGCUUUUUAUCAAAGCAUAAUGUUUGCAACAGCUUGAUCACCAUGUAUGCUAAGCUUGAGUCCAUGCAUGACUCCAUCAAAGUUUUUGAGGAGCUAAACAUCAUGUAA